AUGCUAAUCUUGACACUGCUGAAAAGUGAAUCGAAGGGCUGCAGCCAGGCGCGGGUAUACGAGCACGCACAGCGUAUUGACACAGCAGGUUGUGCCACUAGUAUACUUGCUGAGUCCAAGGAGGUUCACAACCCAUUGAACCUUGAUAACCAAGUAGAACGUAGAAUGGUUGAUGCUUCCAUUGUAAUACACGGCUUCCAUCCAAAUUUCCAUCCUAGAAUGACACGUGUUGAUAAUAUCAUUGUCGCUAUCAGAGAAAAGACAGCGUCUUCUCCGUUAUCAGAGCACUGA